AUUACAGACGCUUUGUUUUUUAUUGGAGAUGAGGAUAUACACUUAGUGGCAAUGCAGAGUAAGCUGAAGAAGUUUCAAGUUUCCCUGCUUUUGUUGCUUUACAGUUCCGUUCUUUGAAGAUAGAAUUGAGGUGCGUAGUAGGACUCGGAUUGCAUGUGAGACUGAUCCAGUGAGGAUAUCUGGAAUGUCUGCUGAGCUGAAGCGAUACAUGGAUGACUGAAUGCUAUUGAUGCAGUACACUGAGAGCGAUAUGGAUAAUGGAAAAAUGUUUAAGGUUCAAUUAGAGGAGGUUACACCACUAUCUGAAACUCAUGAGAGAUUUAUUAGACCUGUGAUUAGAUUGCAAGAUAAAAAUAUUGUCCUCACUCCUAUCAAUCCUGAGAUUCGUGAUACCAGUGUGCUUGUGAGGUUAAGGCCUGCAUGGGAGGAUUUGCGAAGUUAUUUAACUGCAAAAGGACACAAACGAUUUGAAGUUUAUGUUUGUACGGUGGCUGAAAGAGAUUAUGCCUUAGAAAUGAGGAGGCUUCUUGACCCUGAGUCACACCUGAUAGCUGCUAAGCAACUUCUGGACCACAUAGUUUGUGUUAAAUCAGGAUCCAGGAAAUCUUUGUCAAAUGUCUUCCAAGAUGGCAUGUGUCAUCCAAAGAUGGGAAUGGUAAUUGAUGAUCGGUCAAAGGUUUGGGAAGACAAGGAUCAACCACAAGUUCAUGUAGUUCCUGCAUUCACACCCUACUAUGCUUCUCAAGCGGAGACUGCAAAUGCUGUUCCAGUCCUCUGUGUGGCAAGAAAUGUUGCUUGCAAUGUCAGAGGUUGUUUUUUCAAAGAAUUUAAUAAGAAUCUAAUACGAAGAAUAUCUGAAGUCUUUUAUGAAGAUGAGGCAAUAAAUUUACCUCAUGCUCCUGAUGUGAGCAAUUACAUGAUAUCAGAGGACGAGAAGAAUGUUAUUAACCCAGCUGGUCAUUCUAUGACAAAUACUCCUGAGUUGAGAUCUGAAAUAUCCCAGUCACCUGUUGCAAUAAUUCCUAAUGUCGUUCGACCAGUGUCUUUGACAACACUCAUUCCUUCACAGAGUAUGAAAUCCAUUUUCUUUCUGUUUUAUUUAUUUUCAUUUGUGCUUGAUAUUGAAUUUUGAUAUCUGAUUUUUUUUGAAAGUUCUCAUAAUUAAUAUGGUUAUAUUUCAGGACCA